AUGGAUAAUUUCAAUUACACUUUCCACCCAGAUGUCAUCAUUUUGAAGGCCAUCCCAGGCCUAGAGAAAAUACAGUUUUGGAUCUCCAUCCCCUUCUGCACUAUGUAUGUGGUGGCCCUUGGAGGUAACUCCCUGCUGAUCAUACUUAUCUGGAUGGAGCACAGUUUACAUGAACCCAUGUAUUUCUUCUUGGCUAUGUUGGCUAUGACAGACUUCUUGCUCUGCAACACCAUCAUGCCAAAGAUGCUGGCUCUCUUCUGGUUCCAGGCUGAGUCCAUUUCUUUUCAGGCCUGCAUCACCCAGAUGUUUUUUGUCAUUUUCAUCUUUGUCAUGGAGUCAACAAUUCUUUUGGCCAUGGCAUUUGACCGCUAUGUGGCCAUUUGCUUCCCAUUGAGAUAUACCAUGAUCCUAACCCCAUCUGUGAUCAAGAAAAUAGCAGGAUUUUCUGUGGCCAGAGGUUUGGUCCUCACUUCCCCUUUUGUCUUUCUAGUUGAGCGCUUGCCAUUCUGUGGGAACAAUAUCAUUACUGAUACAUAUUGUGAACUAACUAAGAUUUCCAGACUGGCCUGUGCAGAUAUAACUGCCAAUAAUAUCUAUACUCUGGUAAUGUCAUUCUUGUCCACAGGUUUGGAUGUGUUUCUCAUUUCCAUUUCCUACAUGUUUAUUCUUCGAGCUGUCUUCCGAUUGCCAUCCCGUAAUGCCCAAUUGAAGGCUCUCGGUACUUGUACCUCUCAUGUUUGUGUCAUCCUCAUGUUCUACCUUCCGGCCUACUUAACAGUGCUGACCAGCCAACUGGGAUGCGGAAUCCUGCUGGCCAAUCUCCAUGUAGUUGUGCCCCCUGCAUUGAACCCCAUCAUAUAUGGUGUCAAAACCAAGCAGAUCCGGGAUAUUGUUAUAAUUAGGCUCUCCCGACUGGGCCUGUGGUGUGGUGGGGAAGGAGUUCAGGAAGACCAGACAAAUUAA